ACAGGCGAGUCAGAGGUCACGCCCCCAGACGGUCAGAGCAGGAGAUUGGCCCGUGGCUCUAAAGCCGGGAGAUCAAAGCAGAGGGCGGAGCAUUAUGAGCACCGACACCCGCGGCCCUUCGACCCGGACAGUUAUUUCACCACGCCAAGAGUUUUUAAUGGCUCUCUGCUGGUGCACAACCCGCUGUACCCGGUGACAGGCGAGUCAUACGGAGCGUAUGCUGUGAUGCUGUUAGCGCUGGUGGUGUUCGCGGUGGGCGUGGUCAGUAACCUGGCUGUCACAUGCGCUGUGUGGCACAACCACUACCUGCAGAAUGCUCGUAACUGCGUCCUGGCGAGUCUGGCACUCUGGGACCUCGCCGUCAUCUUCUUCUGCCUGCCAGUCGUCAUCUUCCACGAGCUCACGAAGAGACGACUGAUGGGAGACGUGUCCUGCCGCCUCGUACCCUUUAUAGAGGUGACGUCUCUGGGCGUGAGCACCUUCAGUCUCUGUGCUCUGAGUGUUGAUCGCUUCCAGACGUUAACAAGCUCCUCCUCCUCCUCUUCUUCCUCUAAGACCCCCGAGUCGUUCAGCUCCAUCGUGUCAAAGCUGUCAGUGAUCUGGGUGGGGUCGCUGCUCCUCGCCGUCCCAGAGCUCAUGAUUUGGCGUUUGGAGACAGAGCUGUCUCGUGUCUCACGUCUCCCUGUGGACUCGUGCGUCCGUCUGCCUCCUUCAUCGCCUCUGCUCUCCGAGUCUGUCUAUUCCCUCAUCAUGACAUACCAUGAGUCGCGCAUGUGGUGGAUCUUCGGCUGCUUCUUCUGCCUGCCUUUGCUCUUCUCGUUCUCGUGUCAUCUUCUGACGAGCCAGAUCUCCGAUAGCACGGUCCACACGUCCUCUUCCUGUCCUGCGUCCUCAUCUUCCUCCUCGUCCAAGAAGCUCGUCACAAUGCUAGCGAUCGUUUAUGGUGUGUUCUGCCUCCCCGAACACACCUGGAACAUCGUGCUCACCUACGCCGGAGUGCAAGUAGACAGCGCCACACUGGCACUGCUGGCUUUGAUUGGUCAGUUCCUGAUGUUCGCCAGGGCCUCGGCCACGCCCAUUUUGAUCCUCAGCUUGUGUCGAUCGUUGGGGCAGAGCUUCGUGGACUGCUGCUGUUGCUGCUGUGAAGAAUGUCUGCCCAACAAACCUUCACCAUCUCUGGCGUCAUCAUCUGUGUCAUCGUCACCAGCUUUGGAGAAAGAAAAGAAGACUCAGGUCGACUUUGAGAAGAACAUGAAAGAGAAGUCAGCUGAGAUAACUAUAGGAACUCCAUGCUGAGAGAUCUCUGAUCAGUCCUGAUCACUGUGCUGUCACACACACAGCAGAUCGGCCGUGUACAACUCACCGAUUUCAUUCAGAACUCCCACACUCAUAUAACCUGUUCUCCUGAAUAUAACAGAGCCGGACACUGACUCCGCCCACUUUAUCAGUGGAAUAGUGAACUGCACAGUGUUUAUAGUCCAGUGUAAUGACGUGUCCGUUAUGGUCCCUUGUUCUGGACAUUUCGGACAGGUUUAAACAGUGACCCACUGCUGAAUGGAGCCACAGCUUCAAUUAUUCAUUCUAACAACGAUAACCUUCAUAUUAUAUUAUAUUAUAUUAUAUAAAUCUUAUCAUGUGUUAUUCCGUUUAUUCGUUCUGUAAGCUGUAUGCGAUUAAAUACGAUCUUACUCUGUGAUUUUAGAGUCCUGAGGAAUAAGAACAUGCUGGAUGUUUUGGUUAGCGAGUUCGCUUUGGGUUCAGGCCCUACAACAGCAUUUGUUUUUGUACAUUGGACAGAGUCGCUGGAAAUUAGACACGUGCUAAUAAAUAAAAUCCAAAAUACACACCGAUACUUCAACACCACCACCAGCCAUCUGAGAGGAGGUUCUUGAAUUGGGCAACCUUUUUAGACAGGUAGUUUAGAAAUGUAGAACUCUUAAGGGUUCUUUGGUUGUCCCUCUUGGGGAACCCUUAAAGGUUUUUACAUGAAGAAAUGGUUCCUUUUUUGGAAGCUAAGAACCUUUUAUUAUCCAGUAAAACCCCUGAAGAACCGCUCUUUUCUAAGAGUCCGUGUGUUAGGAACAAAAUCCAAAUUAUUCAUCAUUAUUUUCUUCUUAAAACUAGAACCUGUCAAGUAACUUUAAAAAACAGCUGUUUAAGGGGUUCCCUAAUGGGUUCCUUGGAUAAUUAAGAGUUCUUUGCCUUCUAAAGGUGUUGUAUCGCGUGUCAGAACCCUUUCUGCCAGAAAAAACACUGAAGAUCACAUAAGGGCUGUAAAUGUUGUAGAGUGUAUAACGUCAGAACUUUGAGUAUAAAAUAUAACCGAAUUGUGAACACUGUGAGAACACACUGAUCAACACUGGGGUGGUUACAGGUGUGUGUCAUUAACAGCUGAGUUAAUUGAAGGGUUCUGAUUGGCUGCUGCUGAUGACACGUAACUUUAACAACUUCAGGCUGCAGUGGAUUUUGGCCUGAAACUGAGACCUGUGUUCUGUCAGCUGAGUUAGAGCCGGGUUUCAUUUCUUCAGCUCAUUUUCUGUGUGUUGAACAGAGAGAGCCUUCUUUAGUUUGUGAUUCUAUCCUCAGCUGUUCUCUACAUGUGUGUUUAGGGUUUGAACUUUUCUCUGGGAUUUUGUUUCAGUGUUUGUGAUGGUUUCUAUGUGGCUCUGCUGCAUAACUUUUCUAACAUUCUAUACUGAUAUAAACAGAACAUAUUACAUCAUUAAUCUGCAGUGGAGUUUACUCUUAACUUAAUCCAACACCAAACCCCUGAGAAAUGACCUCUAAAGCCUCACAUCAGUGUAUCAGUGUUUAUAACCCCAGUGUUUAUAAUCCCAGUGUUUAUAACGGCAGUGUUUAUAAUCCCAGUGUUUAUAACUGCAGUGUUUAUAAUCCCAGUGUUUAUAAUCCCAGUGUUUAUAACCGCAGUGUUUAUAAUCCCAGUGUUUAUAACUGCAGUGUUUAUAAUCCCAGUGUUUAUAACCGCAGUGUUUAUAAUCCCAGUGUUUAUAACUGCAGUGUUUAUAAUCCCAGUGUUUAUAACCACAGUGUUUAUAAUCCCAGUGUUUAUAACUGCAGUGUUUAUAAUCCCAGUGUUUAUAACUGCAGUGUUUAUAAUCCCAGUGUUUAUAACCGCAGUGUUUAUAAUCCCAGUGUUUAUAACUGCAGUGUUUAUAUUCCCAGUGUUUAUAACCGCAGUGUUUAUAAUCCCAGUGUUUAUAACUGCAGUGUUUAUAAUCGCAGUGUUUAUAAUCCCAGUGUUUAUAGUCCCAGUGUUUAUAACUGCAGUGUUUAUAAUCCCAGUGUUUAUAAUCCCAGUGUUUCUAACCUCAGUGUUUAUAACAGCAGUGUUUAUAAUCCCAGUGUUUAUAACCCCAGUGUUUUUAACCACAGUGUUUAUAAUCCCAGUGUUUAUAACCCCAGUGUUUAUAACCGCAGUGUUCAUAAUCCCAGUGUUUAUAACAGCAGUGUUUAUAAUCCCAGUGUUUAUAAUACCACUGUUUAUAAUCCCAGUGUUUAUAACCGCAGUGUUUAUAACCCCAGUGUUCAUAAUCCCAGUGUUUAUAAUCCCAGUGUUUAUAACAGCAGUGUUUAUAAUCCCAGUGUUUAUAAUACCACUGUUUAUAAUCCCAGUGUUUAUAACCGCAGUGUUUAUAACCCCAGUGUUCAUAAUCCCAGUGUUUAUAAUCCCAGUGUUUAUAACCCGCGGUUCUGAAGAACAUGUGCAGAUAAACACGUCAAGGGAAUUAGAAAUAAAAUCAAAUGAUUAAAAUACACAUUACAUUUAUUAUUCUGAGAUUCGGAGGUUGUUCUUGUUUUCCUUCCUCAGUGUUGGGAGAUUAUGGAAUCCUCUAAAUAAAAGUCAGUAAUAAACUGUUUAAUGAGGCAAAAGUACAAUAAUGGAUCAUUUCAUUGAGUUUCAGGCUUUAGGAAAUUAAUAUGAGUUGUUUUUUAUUUUGUAUCUCUGUGAUAGAUCUGUGAUGUUGGGUGAGGGUUAGGGUCGUGUGUCGUGUGACCCCAGAGUAAGAGUUUAUCAUAGAUUACAAAAAUGUUUAACAUAGUCGAAGAACAGAACAGUAAUAACACCGUCAUCAUCCACCCUUCAGAACACUUAUAUAUCAACCAUUUAACCUGGAAUCUGUGUGUGUGUGUGUGUGUGUGUGUGUGUGUGUGUGUGUGUGUGUGUGUUAAAUCUGAACUGUAGUUCAAUAAUGAAACUUGAAGGUUUGUAUUAUAAAUUUUCAUUUUUUUGCAGUUGAACUCAAUAAAAGUUGAAAGAUG